GCGAUUAUCUAGGCUGAUAAGUGGCAGCUUUGCACGGUCAAUUCUGGUUACAGCUCUUCCACUUCUAAAAUCGUGGCUAGGAAGAGGAAGCAGUUCAAUUAUUUGUUUGCAAGUUGCUGGUAAGCAGUCUUGGGAGAACUUUUCAUUUUUUUCCUUUUCAAAGUAGCUUUCCAAAGUACUUUACUGCUACCAGGCUGCCGAAGGGGUACUGUGAGCAUCAGGAAACGUGUCCGAAGGGGAAAAUCUUUCCUGUAUGCUGAGAUAUCUGCAGUCCUGUGGAAUGGAAAGAGCUGACUUGCUUUCCGAGUGCUGAGGAUGUGAAAUUCUGGAGGUUUGCCUGCUGGAACAUCACUAGAAGCAGCAAGCGGUAGGCACCGUGGGCAGACCCCGCGGGAGGCUGCUGGUGCCCAUGUCCGCCUUCUGCAGCUCGAGCCAGGACAGGAGUGGCCCCAGCAACGUGCCGUCCAACAUCAGCCAGGCGCUGAGCAGCAUGGAUGCCAUUUACAUCGGGGCCGAGUGCCUGGUGGCUUUGUUUGCCGCUUUGGGUAACAUCCUGGUCAUCUGGGUGGUGAAACUGAACUCGGCCUUUCAGAACACGACCAUGUACUUCAUCGUUUCCCUGGCGCUGGCUGAUAUCGCUGUGGGGGUCCUCGUCAUUCCCCUGGCCAUUGUGGUGAGCCUGAGAAUCAGCAUUAACUUCUACUCCUGCCUGUUCAUGUGCUGCCUGAUCGUGAUUUUCACUAAUGCAUCCAUCCUGUCCCUCCUGGCCAUCGCGGUCGACAGGUACCUGCGAGUGAAGCUGCCCAUCAGAUAUAAAAUAAUCACUACAGAAAGAAGAAUUUGGUGGGCACUGGGUUUGUGCUGGUCGCUGUCCCUGCUGGCAGGAUUAAUCCCCAUGUUUGGAUGGAACAAGCUAAAACAAAAGAACACUGACGCUCUGACAUGUGAAUUUGUCUCUGUGAUGAGGAUGGAUUACAUGGUAUAUUUUGGGUUUGUGACAUGGACCCUUGUCCCUCUGACCAUCAUGUGUGCUCUGUACGUUGAAAUCUUUUACAUCAUCAGGAUGAAGCUAAGCCAAGGUGCAAACAACGUGAGAGGGGCAGGAACAUUUUAUGGACAGGAGUUCAAGACAGCCAAAUCUCUAGCACUUGUUCUCUUCCUGUUUGCGGUAUCCUGGUUGCCUCUGUGCAUUAUAAACUGCAUCUCCUAUUUUUACCCUGAAUGUAAGAUAUCCCAGCACUGGAUUUACUUGGGAAUAUUGCUGUCCCAUGCCAAUUCUGCCAUGAACCCCAUUGUCUAUGCUUGCAGGAUAAAUAAGUUCAAAACCACUUACCUUUUAAUUUUAAGGACCUAUAUCCUAUGCAAAAAAAAAACACCACCACCAGACUCAGUUCUUACAGAACAAACAACAAAUCAAUAGUCAUAAAUAUAGAAUGAAUGUUGGCCCUUCAGUGUAUACCAGACCACUGAUAAAAUGCUUUAAAAAAAACAUGGGAAUUUUACCUACUGUCUUACACAAACUGUUUUAUGAUAAGGGCAAGCCCCUUGUACUCUAUCUGAUGUACAUUUGACAUUAAGCCUAAAAGGAUCAUUCACAAUCUUCUGCAUUAUUAUACCCCAGCUAAUUCUGGUUGAUUGUAGCUGUACACCAAGCCCAUAUCUUCACUUAAGAUAAGCAUCUUCACUUAAGAGCACCUUCUAGUUUUUACUUAUUGGCAUUAUUUGGCAGACCAGUGGCCCAAAGCACUGCUAACAAGGCAGAUUUUUUCCUCUUAGUUCCCUAGGUCAAAUCUAUGGUAAACACAAUGCUUGUUAAUUUCUAGUUUUAA